AUGGAAGAGAUCACGGAAGGAGUCAACAACAUGAACUUGGCCGUUGAUACCCAGAAGAAGAAUCGGAUUCAGGUUUCCAACACUAAGAAGCCAUUGUUCUUCUACGUCAAUCUCGCCAAGAGGUACAUGCAGCAGUACACAGAUGUCGAAUUGUCUGCACUCGGAAUGGCCAUUGCUACUGUUGUAACCGUCGCCGAGAUAUUGAAGAACAAUGGUUUUGCUGUUGAAAAGAAGAUCAUGACCUCUACGGUAGAUAUCAAGGAUGACUCUAGGGGACGUCCUGUGCAGAAAGCCAAGAUUGAGAUAACACUGGCCAAGUCUGAGAAGUUUGAUGAGUUAAUGGCAGCAGCCAACGAAGAGAAGGAGGCUGCAGAAGCCCAAGAGCAGAGCUGA